GUAUAAAAGAGUGGAUUAUCUGUGAUCAGGUUGUAAACUGUACUUUCAGAUCUCUAUCAUCCUUGAAAAACUUGGUCAGCAGGAAACCUUGCAUCUAUGCCCUUCCACGGAGCAUGACCCUAUUCUUAGAGCACGGAAUUUUAUAUAUGCCAACGAGUUAGGGGUGGACCUUUGAUUGCGUAUCCUUAAUAAGCGUUGAUUCAUAUCCUCCACUUGUUUUUCCAUUACAUUUUUGACCCUGAAAUGUGCCUUAUAACAUUCGCUGAAGCAAGGUGAAAGACGAUAGACAAUUUUCCGAGUUCGUUUUCUAUCCCAAUCUUCUGAGAUAGAGAUCAGAACUCUUGUUGUCUUUCCUUCAAACAUUUUCUCUAGAAAACCCUUUCUUUUGUUCUUGCAACUGCUCUGUUGUAUUUGCUUUUGAAAUUAUAAUACAAGAGGAAAAUGGCAUUCAGUGGGACAACAGAGAAAUGCAAGGCCUGUGAUAAGACUGUUCAUUUUAUUGAUUUAUUAUCAGCUGAUGGGGUUUCUUAUCAUAAGACCUGCUUCAAAUGCAGCCAUUGCAAUGGACUUCUGGUGAUGAGCAGCUAUUGCUCAAUGGAAGGAGUCCUAUAUUGCAAGCCUCACUUCGAGCAACUCUUCAAGGAGACUGGCAGUUAUACAAAGAAAUUUCAAGCUGGGAAUUCCGACAAGCCAAAUGGAUUGGCAAGGGCUCCUAGUAGACUUGCAUCCUUCUUCUCUGGCACACAAGAUAAAUGUGGAGUCUGUAACAAAACCGCAUACCCGUUAGAGAAGGUGACUGUGGAGGGAGAAAUCUACCAUAAAUCCUGCUUCAAGUGUUCUCGUGGUGGUUGCUUCCUUACACCAUCGUCAUAUGCUGCAUUGGAUGGCAUCAUCUACUGCAAGCACCACUUUGCUCAGUUGUUCAAGGAGAAGGGCAGCUACAGUUAUCUUACCAAGGCGGCUUCUCUGAAGAAAAAUUCAACAGGAGCUUUACUCGAAGGAAUAUCUGAUGCUGAAUCCGAAUCAGAAUCAAAGCCAGAAGAUGAGCCAAAACCAGAAGCAGAAGCAGAGGCGGAAGAAAAAUCUAAUAAACCUUUUGCACAGGACCAGCAAUAGAAUACUCGCUGAACCUUCAGGGGACAUAGGGCUUUAUCCGAACUGGGUAUUGACCUUGUUCUGUUUUCGCUCUAGUCUCAUGAGGAAAGUUCCUGUGGCUCCAGGGUCUCCCAGUUCUUGGAUUUGCUAGCAAAUUCAAGUUGUUGGUUCAAAUUAAUGUCAUUCUAAUUGAUAUGAUUUUGGUUUACAUUUCAUGGAAAAUCAUCCUUGUAUGCAGACAAAUUUUGACUGUAAUGUGACCUAGGGGGGGUUUGUGUAAAUGGGCAAUCCUUUCAGAGUUCAUACUUUCACCGUUGCAUCGCCUUUGCAAUGAGAGGAAUCACUUUUUAAUUGCUUGAAAUGUUCGUUCAAAUCCCUACUUUCUCC